UCAAAGGCGAGUUACCAACGGUAGCGAUUUGUGACUUAAGGUAGUAGGUAACUACCUAGAUACCUGGGUAAAAUGCGUAUCACCCAACCAGUUCUCCUGAAUGACCUAUCUCCUGAAUGACCUAGGCCGAGCAUUUGAAUGCUGCAGCCGAGACUUUCUCCCUUGGCAUGACAUUUCACACUUUGUUACUUGUACGUGAUGGUAGCUACACACGUUAACACCAAUCAUUCCGCAAUGGUCGAGUCCAGCGACCUAUCCCCCGACGACGUCAAGUCGGCCGAGUUGGCAGAGGCCUCAAACGCAACCGAAAAAGUCCCCUCCCCCUCAAUUUCGUCCAGGCCGAUAGACGUGGAUCGGGAAGGAUCAGGAGCCGGGCAGGGGGGCCUUGUUGACUUCGGCGACGAGACAGACUUGUCAAAUCCUCAAAAUUGGUCCCCGAAGCUCAAAUGGUCUCUAAUUGUUUUAGUUUCCCUGUUGGAUUUCGCAGUAUCUCUAGCGACGAUCAUCUGUGCGCCAGUCGCACCCCAGAUCUUGGCCGAGUUUAACGAGACAGACGACUUCUACAUAACCUUCAUCGUCUCGGUUUGGGAGCUUGGGGAAAUUUUCGGCCCGCUCAUCGUCGCGCCUCUUUCUGAGCUCUACGGACGAUUGUAUAUUUACCAUGCCGGCAAUAUCCUCUGCAUUGUAUUCUCGGCCGCUUGUGCCUUGAGUACUAAUAUCCAGAUGUUAGUAGCAUUCCGCUUCCUGAAUGGCUUAGCAGUUGUGUCUACGGCGCUCAACCCCAGCAUUGUUGGUGACCUCUUCCGGGUUGAGCAGCGAGGAAGCGCCAUGUCAAUAGUAGGUCUUGCUACGAUGAUGGGGCCCGUCGUCGGUCCUAUUAUAGGAGGUUAUCUUGGCGGCGCAAUGGGAUGGCGAUGGUGUUUCUGGCUCAUCACCAUCCUGUGCGGCUUUCUCGAGAUAGGCUUUUUGCUCUUGUUACGUGAAACCUAUUCCGUACAGAUCCUCAAAGGCAAAGCAAAGCGGCUUCGUAGGGAGACGAAUAACCCUAACAUAAGGUCUAAGUACGAAACAGAGCACACGGCGCUACAGCUGCUUCAAAAUGCGUGUAUACGACCUUUGACACUACUUUUCACGUCGCCCAUUUUAUUUUUAAUGUCCCUAUACGUUGCUGUGGUUUAUGGAUAUCUCUACCUCGUUAUGACAACUAUCACCACUGUCUUCGAAUCCGUUUAUAACUUUUCAUCAACCGUAGUCGGCCUCAGCUUUCUAGGACUUGGUAUUGGUUGCGUGAUUGGUGUUUUCUUUUGUCGAGCGACGCUCGAUCUCUGGGUUCGUCGUCAGGCCAAAUCCGGACAGGUUCAACCUGAACAGCGUCUUCCUCCUGUUAUAUUCGGCGGGUUUAUUCUUCCUGUUGGCCUGUUCAUGUACGGUUGGACAGCCGAGGCUCACACGCACUUCUUGGCGCCAAUAAUCGCUACCGGAAUCUUGGGCAUGGGCCUUGUUUCCACUACAAUUCCGGUGCGAAGCUACCUAGUUGACGCAUUUGGAAUAUAUGCUGCAAGUGCAAUUGCCGGGUGUGCUGUAUUGAGAAAUCUUGGUGGAACAUUUGUUCCACUCGCAGGGCCACCGUUGUAUCAAAAGCUAGGGCUCGGCUGGGGCAAUUCAGUGUUGGGUUUUAUUGCGUUAGCCUUCAUACCCGUCCCGCUGCUCUUGAUGAGAUAUGGUCAAGCAUUGAGAUCAAGGGACAAGCGCAAAUUCGAAGGGUAAAAAAAAAAGUCGAAAUAUCCCGUUAUGGUUUUCAGUUCAAUCUCUUGGUCUAGACGUAGAGUUUUUGAUACACACCUCCAUUAAAUACCUAUCUACCUAUGUAUAUCUAGGUAGGUAGGUAUAUGUACCUAUAUAUACUUACCUACUAUGUUCAUCUUUGACUAGGGUUAUUGCGCUAUAUUCUAUAAUCUUACGUAUAAGACGCUAUAUACAGGGAUAAAAUAAGGUUGGAAAUAUCCCUACAGCUGUCACUGGGGUGUUCAUACAUACAGACAAGACAGAAUAUUCAAACACAGCUCGUUAAAGAUUCAAGCUGCA